CUUUGAGAGUCUCUUGACAACCCAAAAAAACACCAAAAAUCAAAAGAUGUCAAGCAACUCAAGCCCACUAGAGAUAGACACUUCAUUUUCACAUUCCAAUUUGUUGUUUUUCCAAGAUCAAUCACCAUGGAGUAGUAAUGAUCUUUUCUUCAAUGAUCCAUUUGUUGAUAUUGAUGAAUAUCCACCAAUAAUUAUACCAUGUAAUCAUCAAGAUAUAGUUGUAGAAUCCUCAAACACUACUACAACAACAUCAAAAGCAAGUAGCCACAAUAGUCAUCAUGAUCAAGAAGAGGUAACAUCACAAGAGAAAAAACAAGAAGAUGAUCAACAAAAGCAUUAUAUUGGAGUUAGAAAAAGGCCAUGGGGUAAAUAUGCAUCAGAAAUUAGGGAUUCAACGCGUAAUGGAAUUAGGGUUUGGCUAGGAACAUUUGAUACUGCUGAAGAAGCUGCUUUAGCUUAUGAUCAAGCCGCAUUAUCAAUGAGGGGUCCUUGGUCUCUUCUCAAUUUUCCAAUUGAAGAUGUCAAAAAAUCACUUGAAAAAAUUGAGUAUUCUUGUAAAGAUGGAUUAUCUCCAGCUGCUGUUUUAAAAGCUACUCAUAAAACUAGAAGAGUCAAGCACAAGAGAAGUAGUAAAAAGAAGAACAAUAAAAAUUUAGAAAAUGUUUUUGUUUUUGAAGACUUGGGAGUUGAAUUAUUAGAAGAGCUUUUAAUGACUUCAUCAUAGAAAUUAUUAUA